UCACAGUAGACAGUAUUAAUCAAUCGUGAAAAUGCCACGCCCAUCAACCAGACAGGAAGUCCUUGCCCGCCUGCGCAAGACCAUCGACUCCGGCGAGAUCAUCGUCGGAGCGGGGGCCGGAAUCGGACUGUCCGCAAAAUUCAUGGAAAAAGGCGGCGCCGACAUCUUGAUCGUGUACAAUUCAGGGCGCUUUCGCAUGGCCGGCCGAGGCUCGUUGGCGGGCAUGAUGCCGUAUUCUGAUGCCAACCAGGUGGUAGUUGAUAUGGCCAACGAAAUCCUCCCCAUCGUGCAAAACACGCCCGUCCUGGCCGGCGUGUGCGGCACCGACCCCUUCCGCAGCAUGCCUCAGUUUCUCGACGAGCUGCGCCGCAUAGGGUACAUCGGGGUGCAGAACUUCCCGACAGUGGGACUCAUCGACGGCGUGUUUCGUCAGAACCUCGAGGAGACGGGGAUGGGGUACGACCAGGAGGUGGAGAUGAUUCGGCUUGCGCACGAGAAGGAUCUCGUGACUACGCCGUAUGCGUUCAAUGUCGACGAGGGGGAGAGGAUGGCGCGCGCGGGCGCGGAUGUUAUUGUUGUGCACUUGGGGCUGACGACGAGUGGGACGAUUGGGGCGCAGACGGCGAAGACGCUGGAUGAUUCGGUGCGGAUUGUUCAGGAGGUGAGGGAUGCGGUUGUUGCGGUUAAUCCGGAGGUUAUUGUGUUGUGUCAUGGGGGUCCGUUGGCGGGCCCGGAAGAUGCGCAGUAUGUUUUGGAGAGGACGAAGGGUGUGCAUGGUUUCUAUGGGGCGAGUAGCAUGGAGCGGUUGCCGGUUGAGACGGCUAUUCUGGAGAAUGCGAGGGCUUUUAAGGGUUUGAAAGUGGGGAGGCAGUCAUAG